GGGAUGAGAUGCAAUUAUGAAAUCCUAGCUCGACAUUCCGCUGCCCCGAUAGCGAAGCGUGAGCUGAAUCCGUAUGCGGAUUGCGGUGCGACGAAUCUCUCUGCCUUCACUUUCACUCCUGCGCAGCUUGUUUUCCCACCUGCCUGCCUGCUGGCUCUGUGUCUCUCUCAGGUGGCAACGAGGCGACAUUGCUCUCGCUCUGUUCUGUUCUGCCCUCGCGUUAGUUGGUCGGUUCGGUCCGUCAGGAGUUGCGACUCGGGUGCGUCUGUCGCUCUGUCUGGCUGCCUGCUUGUCUCUUGAUUGUGCAGUCGACGGGUCGAGUUGACUGGAUUUUGUGAUUCGUGAUGUGACAAUUCAGCUGGCUUUCCAGCGGCGUCUCUCCGUGGGAUUGGGAUUGGUAUCAGGAUUGCAAGCGUGUCGUGCAGUGACGCAUGACGCUGAUGUAUGGGAUCCGAAGGUGGUUGCGUGCGUCUCUGCGCUGUGGAUAGACGCAAGCUGGGAUCUGAGGACGACUGUAUCUUCGGUGGAUUGUAGAAUUGAGGGGUCCGAACAAAUUUUCCUCAACAGCAGGAGCAGUCUUGGACCGUAGGCCUGGGAGGGUUGUAUAUUACCUUCUGAUGCAAGGAUCUUUCGCGCUACCCCAGCGCCUUUCGCAGCAGUCCCUGACUGUCGUGCACUCUUCCAGAAGCUUUGCUCCUGAGCUGGGUGGUGCAUUUCGCAUUUGUCAGUUGCAACCUUUUCUCGAUUGCAACGCAGUAGGAGACCACGACCGUCGGUACUUUCCGAGCGGGAGAAUUGCAUCUUCGAAAGUCACUGAUAUAGUGAAUGAGUUCUACCCCGGUAGCCGCGUAAGGGGGCGGGGUUUAUCGCUUGCGGAUUACGCAGGGUUCAGAAGGAUGAGGGGAAAAUUGUUUGCAAGUCUUGCUUCUUGUUCUUACCCCACUUCCAUGAGUCCGUCUGUUUCACACCGGGUUAUCUCGAUUAACGGGCAGACUCUGGAUCACAGCUCAUGGAAAAGCUUAGUAUCGGGGAUUCCUGGGCCCUUCCGACACAAUCCUGCCCUUCCAUGGUACAGCGUUCCGUCUGGGGCUCUCAGAGGAUUGAAGACUAAACAGUUUGGAUCCAUUUCCAGUAAAAAAACAGGGCAGGAUGUAUUGGCAAGAGAUAGUGACAAAGGUUCGGAGAAGAAGUGGUAUCCUAAGAACGCCACGUUGGAGAAAGAUUCAAUUGCGGCUCUAUACAGCUCGGACAGCGACAGUGGUGAUGAAAUGGAGAAGAAUGAGAAGCUUUAUGGCAAAGCCGAUACAGGUUUUGAUUAUGAUUCUGGUAGUGAGAGCGAUGACGACGAAGAAGACACGAAGAAACAGAAGAAUCAAAAGAAGAUGAGAGAUAUGGAGGAGGAGGAUUCUGAAAGUGACAGUGACGACGAUGAGAGGGAGCUAAAGAUGUCGAAGAAGAACAAGAUGAAGGAGAAGGUAGAAGUGAUAGGAAUGUGCGAGGAGCAUUCUGAGAGUGACAGCGACGACGAGGAGGAGUUGAAGAAGAAGAAGAGUAUGUCUAAGGGGACGGUAGAAGUAGUCGGAAUGUGUGAGGAGGAUUCAGACAGUGACAGUGAAGAUGAUGAAGAGAAGGAAAUGAGGAAGAAGAUGAAGGCCGAUGAGAAGGAACUAAAGAAGCAGGCUAAGAAAGAGAAGAAGGAAUUGAAAGCAAUGAAGAAAUUGGAGGAAGAUACUGACGUCGAGGAUAGAGAUAAGAAGAAGAAGCGAGCUGGCAAAUCUCAUGAAGAUUCCCGGAUUUUCGAAAGCAAUCAUGAGCACGAUUCUUCGUUCUCGAAGGGCAAGGUACAAGUAGCAGAGAUGGAAGAGCGAGAUUCAAGCUCUGAUAGUGAGCAUGAUGGAGACGUGGAUGAUAUCGUCGAAGUGGUUUCUGAUACCCUGAAUGUGGAUGAAUUGGAAGAGGAGGAAUUCGAGCUGGUCGGAGACGAUGAUCUAGUUGAAGAGGCAGAGAACGAAAUCGAAGAUUACUUUGAAGAAUUUGAGGACGAAGAUCUAGAUGACGACUUUUGGGAGGAAGAGGAAGGAGAAGCUAAGGUUGGUGAUGGCGGAGACGGAGGAGGAGUAGUACUUGGUGAGACUCAGUGGGGAAGUAAAGCCUUAGAGUUAGCCGAGGAAGUGGUGAGAGAGAUGGGAACGGACUUUUCCAUUUUCGCCUUCAAAGCAUCUACAGAUGGCCUCGUACGAGUUCGUCUUGACAAGCUUUCUGAUCAAUACGGCUCUCCUACGAUGACUGACAUAGAGAAGUUCUCAAGAAAGUACAGCGAGGUGUUGGACAAUUCGGGACUCAUUCCACAAAGUGUGGCUGUGGAGGUUUCGUCCCCAGGCGCAGAGCGAAUGGUAAAAGUUCCAGAUGAUUUGGAACGGUUCAAGCAGUUGCCUAUGUAUGUACAAUACUUGGAAGGCGAAAGUGUUAGUGAGGAAAAGGAUGGUGUCCUGGAGCUGGAAUCUCUAGACCCCGAAUCUGGGAUGACGGUCUGGAAACUUGCUAAUGUGAAGUUCAAUCGAGAGCAGUCAGGGAAGGGUCGCCCGUUUAAUAGCAAGCAGAGGAAGUGGAGAGCCCAUGUUCCCGUGAAUGCCCUCAAGUUAGUUAGACUUCACCUAGAUGUGUAGUAUUAUCCUUCAAAAUAUAAGCAAGAUGUAGAUAUCUCUCUCGAGCAUAGAUGUAAGUAUCUUGUUUCGAAGUACCAUGUUGGACGUUUAUGUGUUACAAAGUAACUAGAUUGAGUUUCUUUCACAAGGUAUGUACGGCUCUCAGUAGUAUUCAAAAUCUAAUAGACGUGAGUGGUCUUUCAAGUAUCUUAGUCCAUUGUAUUGUUAAUUAUCUCGGCUAUCCAUGUCCAUUCUGAUCGGUCGUGGACUGAAAUUUACGCCUUUUUAACUUCUAAGUUGUC